UUUGUAUUAGACUUUCCCAACCUCCGAUUCUUAUUUGCCUUCGAAUAAAAGGAACUUUGGUUAUUCCUAUACAAAAUCUCAAUCCCCAAGCCGAAUUCGCUCUAGCCAAACACCCCGUAAGUAGGAGUAGAUGAUAUCUGCGUGAAUUAUACUUCCAAUUUUCCAGUCAAUGACAUAAGUCAUUAGUAUUACCUUCAUCUUUUCCUUCAUCUGAAUUCACAAUUUACAUUGAUUUCUAAUACUAGAUUCAUUCCAAUUCACUCAAAUUGAACAGAGUAAUUCCCCUCGUUUUCCUUUUUCUAUAAAUCUACUCAAGUUUUCGUAUAAUUGUGAACUCAUUCAUCACAUUCUCCCAAUUCAAUUUGAACUCAAUAAUGGCAUCAACCCAAAAACCCCAACGAUCUCCGGCUGAAGUUGAAGACAUAAUCCUCCGCAAAAUCUUUCUUGUAUCUCUUCUUGAUUCAAUGGAAUCAGAUUCUCGAAUUGUCUAUCUUGAAUUAACAGCUGCUGAAAUUCUCAGCGAAGGCAAAGAUUUGCGAUUAUCUAGGGAUUUGAUGGAAAGGGUUUUAAUUGAUCGUCUUUCCAAUCAAUUCCCAAACGCCGAACCGACUUUUGAUUAUCUAUUAGGAUGUUAUCGACGUGCAACUGAAGAGCAGAAGAAGAUUAUGAAUAUGAAAGAUAAGAAUUUGAGGUCUGAAAUGGAAUUAGUUGCUAUACAAGCAAGAAAAUUAGCAGUUUCAUAUUGCAGGAUUCAUCUUGGUAACCCUGAUAUGUUUCUUGGUGGUGAAAAAACUGUUGCCAAUCCUGAUGAUAAUGUUAUUUCAUGGAAAAAAAAGGAAUCUCCAUUGUUACCUUUGAUUUAUUCCGAAGUUGGAGGUGCUGUUAUUGAUAGCUUUGGAGGGUCUGGGAGUAAUAGCGGCGGGAUAACAAGCCCGCCCGGUUUUUUGGAUGAAUUUUUUAGGGAGGGAGAUUUUGAUAGUUUGGACCCAAUUUUUAAGUGUUUGUAUGAUAAUUUAAGGGAGAAAGUUGUAAGAGAAUCUGCAUUGGGUAAUUUUCAACAGCCAUUAAGAGCUUUGUUGUAUUUAGUUAGUUUCCCUACUGGGGUAAAGUCUUUAGUUACUCAUAAAUGGUGGUUACCACCCGGGUCUUUCUUGAAUGGUCGUGCUAUGGAGGUUGCUAGUAUUUUGGGUCCUUUCUUUCAUAUUAGUGCUUUGCCAGAUACUUCUCUUUUCAAGAGCCAACCUGAUGUUGGGCAGCAGUGCUUCUCUGAAGCAUCAUCUCGUCGUCAAGCUGAUCUAUUAUCGUCAUUCACUACCAUAAAGACCGUGAUGAAUAACCUGUAUGAUGGUCUGCAUGAAGUUCUUCUUUGUCUUCUGAAAAAACCUGACACCCGAGAAAAUGCUUUACAGUUUCUAGCAGCAGUGAUCAAUAGCAAUUCUUCGAGGGCACGUUUGCAGAUUGAUCCAUUGACUUGUGCAAGCUCUGGCAUGUUUGUCAAUCUCAGUGCUGUUAUGCUUAGGCUUUGUGAGCCAUUUUUAGAUGCUAAUCUCUCUAAACGAGAUAAAAUUGAUCCGAACUACGCAUUUUACAGCAACCGCUUGGAUCUCAGAGGGCUUACUGCACUGCAUGCAUCAUCCGAAGAAGUUUCGGCAUACAUCGCUGAGAAAAAUAAUGGAAGAACAAGAGAUUCUACUGUAACAAAUGUUCUAGAUAACCGCCUGUUGACAUCUUUGGAAGCAACUAGUUCCGGCAACAAUCCUAGUGAAAAUGUCCAGAAAUUGAAGUCGAACAGUGGUGAUGGUAGGAUUAAAUACUCCUUCAUCUGUGAAUGCUUCUUUAUGACUGCAAGGGUUCUGAACUUGGGCUUAUUAAAAGCAUUUUCUGACUACAAACAUCUAGUUCAGGACAUUUCAAGAUCUGAAGAUACUUUGGCUACCUUGAAGGCCAUGCACGAGCAAGCUGUCACACGUCAGCUGGAGCUGGAUAUAGCUCGUAUUGAAAAGGAAAUCGAUUCAUAUACACAGGAAAAAUUGUGCUAUGAUGCACAAGUUCUUAUGGACAGUGAGCUUAUUCAACGUGCAUUGUCGUUUUACCGGUUAAUGCUGGUCUGGUUGGUUGGUCUAGUUGGUGAUUUUAGACUGCCUCUGCCUUCACCUUGCCCUAUGGAGUUUGCUUGUAUGCCAGAACAUUUUGUGGAGGAUGCAAUGGAGCUGUUGAUUUUUGCUUCUCGUAUCCCUAAAGCUUUAAAUGGUGUCAUAUUGGAUGACUUCAUGAACUUCAUCAUCAUGUUCAUGGCCAGCCCUGAUUAUAUCAGAAAUCCUUAUUCAAGAGCAAAAAUGGUGGAAGUGCUGAACUGUUGGAUGCCACGUAGAAGUGGCUCUUCUGCAACAGCAAGUCUAUUUGAAGGACAUCAACUGUCUCUGCAAUAUCUUGUUAGGAAUCUUCUAAAGCUGUAUGUGGACAUUGAAUUUACAGGUUCUCACACACAGUUCUAUGACAAAUUUAAUAUCCGUCACAACAUCGCAGAGCUUUUGGAAUACCUUUGGCAGGUUCCUAGUCAUCGUAAUGUCUGGAGACAGAUUGCAAAGGAAGAAGAAAAGGGUGUCUACCUCAAUUUCUUAAAUUUCCUGAUUAAUGAUAGCAUUUACCUCCUUGAUGAAAGUCUUAAUAAGAUCCUUGAACUCAAAUCGCUGGAAGCUGAGAUGUCCAAUACUGAUGAGUGGGAGCGAAGACCUGCUCAAGAGAGGCAGGAGAGAACUCGUCUUUUUCAUCAACAAGAAAAUAUAAUAAAAAUUGAUAUGAAAUUGGCAAAUGAAGAUGUUAGUUUACUGGCUUUUACUUCAGAACAGAUUACGUCGCCUUUCCUUCUUCCAGAGAUGGUUGAAAGAGUUGCUAGCAUGCUUAAUUACUUUUUGCUGCAACUUGUUGGCCCUCAAAGGAAAUCACUUAGCUUGAAGGACCCUGAGAAGUAUGAGUUCCGACCAAAACAUUUACUGAAACAGAUUGUUAACAUAUAUGUUCAUCUGGCAAGAGGAGACAAGGAAAAUGUUUUCCCUGCUGCAAUCUCAAGGGACGGUCGUUCAUACAACGAACAGUUGUUUGGUGCUGCAGCUGACGUUCUUAUUAGGAUAGGAGAAGAUGGAAGGAUCGUACAGGAGUUUGUUGCACUUGGUGCAAAAGCUAAAGCUGCAGCUGCUGAAGCCAUGGAUGCAGAAAUUGCUCUUGGAGAUAUACCCGAUGAAUUCUUGGACCCAAUUCAGUACACACUGAUGAAGGACCCAGUUAUAUUACCUUCUUCAAAAGUCACUGUUGAUCGUUCAGUCAUCUUGAGGCAUCUACUGAGUGAUAGUACUGAUCCGUUCAACCGUUCCCCGCUUAACCCUGACAUGUUAAUUCCCGAUCAUGAACUUAAGGCGAAAAUUGAGGAAUUUGUCAGAGGCCCAUCAAGCAAGAACCAUAAUGAUAUGCAGUUGCAAAGCUCAAAGGGAACUAUCCAAAACCCGACACCUGAUAUCCAAUUCAUUGAUUAAGACUUCCACCCGAUCAUAUUUUUAGGGUAUACGUACUGCAAUUUCGUAAGCAAGAUAGGCUAAGAGAUGCAAAAUUUGAUGUCAUUUCUGGUGAUUCCUUUUUAUGUUUAUAAAGGUAUUUGUAGGAUCAUUUCUUACUGUCGAAUUCCAGGGGAAUAUAGCAAAAGUACCUUAUACUUGUCUGAAAAGAACCCUAGAUGUUUGAUAAGUGUACAUAUGAAUGAAACCACUAGUGUAACUAGGUUGGCACCUUACUAUUACAUUUUAAAAUGGUCUUGUUUACUUGUUCA